UCAAUUAAAAUUUGCUGUUUUUCUUCUUCUUUUCAUGAAUUGUGGUCUACUAAUUAAUGUGGCAUAAUGCUAGGGGCUGUGUCUCCAAAUGGUGGUCAUGCAAGACAUCGAGUUUUCUGGUAGUAAUGUUUAUAUGGAAUUUCGCCAGCUUUUUGUAGUAACUACGUCUAGAGUUUACAAGACAUUUGCCUUGUGUAUUGUUGAUGGUAAUUAAACAACAAGAAGACAGUUCCAAAACUGCAAAGGAGCCAAAAGACGGUUAACAAAGAGUUAAGAAUUGUCGUCUGGCCAGACCAAAGACUGAAAUCAGUAGUUUCAGAAGUAAUAAAAAGAGUUGUCCUAGGACGACUUUUACAAUGUUUUUUGAGGUUUAUCAAAUCUUUAGUUAUCUGUUUCAAUGCAUGAAUAUGUCUGGAGUGUCCUAUGAAAACAAAAAUCCGGCCCAUCGAUUCCUCCAGCAUACAAAGAUUAGGAUAUCUUGGUAUCCCCAUGUAAUAGAGACCUCAUAUAUCUUCAUCUAAUUUCAUCCUUUUUUCCCAAUAGCAGGUUUGAAUUCUGUUGCUCUCUGCGCAGUUUUAUAUAUUCAUUUUUUUUCCACGUAUCUGUUAUUCAUUCAAGGUUGCAAUUCUUCUGUAUUGGGAUUCCAUCAUGCAUACUAAUAUUUGGAUACCAAAAGUGCACGUCACUUAUCAUAUGCACACUUUGUAUUAGCAGAUUUUUUUUCUGUAAUGCUGGUAGAAGUACAUAUAGUCUCAGUCUUGACAAAUUUCUGUUUUCUUGAUUAACGAUGCAUUUGGAUUUCAAAGCCGGACAAGCAUUGAAAUCGAAUUGAUUUUCUGUGACUUAAAUUCCUUUCCAGGAUUAUCUAGGACUAAAGAUGGCAGAGAUUGAUACGAAGUCGAUUGAGUCUGUCCAAGCUGCAAUUUCUUUAUUUGGUGGAGAAAAUGACCAGAGAAAAAACAGGCCUAUCUGUAAGGAAGAAUUGGACAAAGAAAAUGAGCUGGAGAACCUGUUGAAAGACUUGGCAAAUGUAAAAGUUCAAUUGGAAGCAAAGGAUUCUGCCUACAAGCAAGCCCUUCUGAAGUUGGAUCACUAUCAAAAAACAUCUGAUGAACUGUCUACCCUCCUAAAGAAUUCUGAACUUGAGAAAGAUACUUUAACAAAUGACUGCAAAGAAUCUCGAAUCUGCAUAGGUGAAUUGGAAUCAACAGUUAAGGAGAUGGCUAAUCAGAUUGCUGAGUCCGUCAACAUACGUGAGCAGCUUUCACAUGUUCUGAUUGAGUUAAAGGAUACUCAAGGACAACUUCUGACAUCGGAAAUAGAACUUGCAGCAGCAAAGGAUGCAAAGUUUGAGUUCUUGACAAAAUUAGAAGUAGUGGAAACUGCCUUUAGCUUGGAGAAGUUAAAGACAGAUGAACUUUUGAGGCAUGUGACAGAGCUUAAUGAAACAAUUAUGCAUCUGAAGAUGGCGGCAGCUGAAGCAGAGGACGAAAAGAAUGCAGUAAUAUCAGAAAAAGAGGAAGAAAUACAACUGGCAGAAGCUGCAGUAACUCAAAUACAGCAACAGCUAGAAUCUGUGACAGAACAACUUGAACUGACGCAUUAUUUGGAGAAACAGUUCUUAGACAAGUCUGCAUUAGUUGAUUCACUGCAAGCGGAACUUCAAAAGGCAAAUGCCCUUCACAGUUCUUCUGAGAAAGUUGCGUUCGAUGCCCUUUGCGAACUAAACCAGUUGAAAGCAGAUUUGGAACUGAAGGAAGAGAAGAAUAUGGGUCAGGCUGUUUACAUCACCUUGCUAGAGAAUGAGCUCAAGGAGCUAAAGAUGGAACACAGUAAAGCAAAUGAGGAUAUCCUAAGGCUGGUUAGAAAUGCUGAAGAGAUGAGAAGGGAAUUGGAGAAGACAACAGGUGAGAUGACUGAGGCUAGUGAAAAGGAGAAUGAAGCACAAGUUGAGAUAGCAAAGCUGAAAGCUGAGCUCCAUAAAGGAAGGUCAAAAAUUGCUGCUGCUGUGGCUGCUGAAGAAAGGGCGAAGACUGAAAAGUCUGCUGUCUAUGCUGCACUACAACAACUAGCAGUGGAAGCUGAAGAAGCCAAGCAGAAGUAUCGACAGUUAAAAGCAUCUGGUAAACUUCCCGAAGAAAGUGGAAGCUUUUUUCCAUUCAAAAUCCAGCACGAAUAUUCGACUCAGUCAAGGGAAGAUUCAAAUUGUGAGUCAAAAGCUGGUAAUGAAGAAAGUGACAAUAUGAAGACAGAUGUCCAAGUGACAAUUCUUAAGGAGGAAUAUGAAAGUUUAGUGAAAAAGGCCAAACAGGCAGACACUUUUCUGAAGCCAGGGCUCGAAGAUAGCCAUCAGUCAGAGAAUUUAAAGAAAGAGCUCGAAAUUGCAACAGGAAAGAUUGCAGAGUUCAGGAUGCGGGCUGAACAGGCAAUAAGCAGAGCUGAUGCUGCAGAGAGAGCUAAAUUAGAACUGGAGGAACAGAUAAAGAAGUUGAAGGAACGUAAGGCCAGGAGAAAAGCUGCUUUAACAGCAUUGCGUGAGGUCUCAGUUUCGAAAGAAAUUAAGGAGGUGUCAAGUUCAAAGGAAACUAGUAACACUUUCAGAUAUUACAAUGGUCCAAAAGUUUAUCAGCCUCUUGGUAAGGUUCUAAAUAUGAAAUUCUAGUAAUAAAAGGGUGCACCCUGAGUCUCAAAGGAAAGAAGUUUCGUCUCAUUAACUCUGUGCUGCUACAUUGCUUAACCAGUUGUUUUAUCAUUGCAACUUGGUUGAUCAAUGUUAAAAAGAAUGUUGUUUGCAUGGAAAUAUUUAGUCAGGAAUUUUUGGUAAAAACUUCAUCUACUAAUUGUACAUGUAAUUGAUGAUUGAUUUCUUGCUUAAGAUUGCAAAAUCAAUCGAAAGCCUUUAUUUUGGCACUUCCAUA